AUGGCGCGUGACCGGCUGCCACCUUCCUUGGAGAUCUGCGAAACGAAGUCCAAGGGCCGUGGCGUCUUUGCAGCCUCGCGGAUUCCUCGCUUCGAGGGGGUCUUGGCCGUGCGGAUUUGGGCCGUCGCCUUGGCACUUCCGGCCCGACCGUUCCGCUGUCGCUCCUGCUUCCGUGCCAGUGGACGUGGGGGGCCACUCCAGGCCUGCUCCGUUUGCGGCCAGGCUUACUUCUGCGCCACUUGCCGCCAGUCUGCGGAGACAGAGGAGAAGCACAGGCACGAGUGCCUGCUGCUUCAGCGCCUGGAAGGCUUCAGCUCCAAGCAGGUUCAGACGGAAGUGCGUGCGAACGUGGCAUUGCUCAUUUCCUUGCAUGCCUUCAUUCAGACUGAUCCAACAGGCAACAUGAGCGACCUUCUCGACUUGGUGCAAGAGCCGCUGUCGCGACCGGGUGCCCGGCGCCGCGCGCGGCUUCGGGCCAUGGCCGCGAAGCUCUUCCUGGAGAUCCUGAGCAACUCCGGCGGAGGGCCAGGCCGCCUGGGCCUGCCACCCGAAGACCUCACCGCCCUCUUAGCAGCUGUGCCGCUGAACGCCUUUGGUUUGGGACCAGAGGGUCGAGACGGCCACUGUCUCGCCCCGGCCGCUUCGUACACCAAUCACAGCUGCAUGCCUAACUGUGUCGAAGAGAUUGGCGGGGGAUGUGUUCGCUUCGUCGCGCUACGUGACAUCGAACCGGGCGAGGAGAUCACGUUUUCAUACUUGGACCUCAGCUUGCCGCUGGAGGAUCGGAAAAGCCUCAUGAAGACCAGCUGGGACUUCUCCUGCGACUGCGCUCGCUGCCGAGGGACUCCCUGCGCAGAGGUUUUGGCCUUUGACGAAGAGCAUCUUUGCCAUUGCGGUGCGAUUCUUCUCCGGAAAGAAGAGACCUGUCGAUGCGACGCGGAGUGCUGCAAAACUGCCGCCCGGCCGCCUUCAAGCUGUGCCUUUGAUCCGAUUCGCACAAAGAAGAGACGAAUCUUUAUGCCUGCCGCCUGCCACCACAGCCGUGCAACGGCCCAAAGCUUGGCCUUAGUUUCGGCCCCCGACUUUCUUCUUUCAUAA